GACUCGUGUCAUUAACUCAACUAAAAAGGAAGUAAAACCCACCACUAAACAAAACCAGUUAAAAAAAGUACGAAAUCCUUCCAGAAUUGAUAAUCUUGUACCAUAUAAUAUAGCUGAUGAUAUCCUAUCAAAACAAUCUUUUGCAACUCUAGGGCAGUGGUUACAAAUACCAGCCUAG